AUGUCUUCAAUACCCGAAGAUAACUUUCUAACAAAUGAUUUAUUCAUACGGUUAUGUUGGUCUAUAUAUUAUAAAUCUUCAAGUCUUCAGAUAAAAGAGUCGCAAUUUUACAAAGAUACCGAGAAUUUGAUAUCAUUAACAAAUUUAAACACACAAACAUUGAUUCAUACAUUAUGUUAUCUUUAUUUAUUGGUUAAUCAUAAGCGUUGUUUAUAUUCUUCAUCAUCAUCUUCUCCAUCAUCAUCAAAAUUAUCAUCUUUUCAAACUUCAUCAAGACUAAAAUUAUUAUCAAGUUCAAAUCGUAAAAAUGAUGUCGAAUUAUUUGAAUUGUUGGUUAUUUUAUUUAUGAUUUCAAAUAAAGCUAAUGAUGAUUCAUCAUAUACGCUAAAGACUUGGAGUAAUUUAACUCCAUUAACUAAUACCACAUUGAAGAAAAAAGAAUUGGUUGUUUUGAAAAAAAUUCAAUAUAAUGUUUUUUUGAAAAAUGAUGAAUAUACAAGAUGGUGCGGUGAUGUUUAUAAAAUUGGUGUUGAUUAUCAAUUAAUUUGGAAUACUCGUCAACAAUCAAUUUCAAUUUCAUCACCUUCAUUAUACAAUUAUCCACCAACUCCAAAAUCACCAGUUCAAGAAAGUUAUUUACCACCACCACCACAAAUGUCAUUACAACAACCAACUUAUCAAGUUUUACAACCAAUCCCAAUCACACAACUUCCUCAACAAUCUUAUUAUUCAGCCACAUCAUCAUAUCCUCCUCAAAAGAGAUCAUUUAAUGAAUUCAAUUCACAAACUCCAUAUAAUAACGUUUCAAAGAAACAACAAUAUGAAUCAGUUUAUAACACACCUACGAAAAUUACAUCAAUUUCAAAUUAUAACAUGUUGACACCAAUUAAAAGUUCAUACAUGACAAGUAACAACCAUAAUACUGGGGUUAUGAUUGAUAAUAAUUAUCCAAUUAAUUACAACAUUCAACCACCACCACAACAACAACAUCCAUUGAAUUGUUCAUGUUGUGCUUUAACUAAUUUUACAAAUUGUUAUCAUUCAUCUUUAAAAUCAAUGGUUAAGUUAUAA